GAGCCCGCCGCCGAGCCGACCCCGCGGACGAGCUGCUUGCUGUCUUCGCGAGCCCCUGGCUUUGAGAUGCGCCGCUGGCGGGCCCUUGCCAGCUCCAGGUGCGUGUGGAGAACCUCAGGAGCCUGCGUGCGAGAUGUUUGUGGAGCUUAACACCAUGGAGCUCUUCAGAAUAUACCACUGAAGAAUAUGAUGGCUGAAAACAACUUAAAAAUGCUGAAGAUUCAGCAACGUGUAGCAAACAGACUGCCUAGGAACAGGCCGUAUAGUUGCAAUAUUUGUUUGAAGCACUUUGAAACACCAUCAAAAUUAGCUAGGCAUUAUCUCAUUCAUACCGGUCAAAAGCCGUUUGAAUGUGAUGUAUGCCAUAAAAACUUUAGACAACUAGUUCAUCUGGAGAGACACCAGUUAACUCACAAUCUGCCUUUUAGUUGUACUAUUUGCCAACGCCACUUUAAAAAUCUGAAGACAUUUGUGAAGCAUCAGCAACUUCACAAUGAAUCCUAUCACAAUGAUGUUAAAGUCAGAAGAUUGCUCGAGACCAAGCAAGAGAAGCCUGUGUAUGGAAUGUAUAAUACUUUUGCUUCAGAGGAAAGACGGGCACUACACGCAUGCUCUAAGUCUGAUCCCACAUACAGCACUACAAAGAGAAGAAAGCAUAUUCAUGCGUGUACAAUCUGUGGCAAAAUGUUUCCAUCACAAUCAAAACUUGAUAGGCAUGCACUUAUUCAUACUGGGCAGAGGCCUUUUAAAUGUGUCCUGUGCAGUAAAUCUUUCCGACAGUCAACUCACUUAAAAAUCCACCAACUCACACAUUCAGAAGAAAGACCUUUUCAAUGUUGUUUUUGUCAAAAAGGAUUUAAGAUUCAAAGCAAACUUCUGAAGCAUAAACAAAUCCACACUAGGAAUAAGACUUUUCAGAGUCUUUCUAUAAAAGUAAAGAGUCCUGAAUCAUGUCCACUACCCAAUAAAUUAAAUGCAAAGCAGGAUGCUUUUGAAAAUGGUGAUAUGGGUGAAUCUGAGGAGAAUAAUCCUCUUGAUGUCCACUCUAUUUAUAUCGUCCCUUUUCAGUGUUCUGAGUGUGAAGAAUGUUUUGAGUCAGAGCAGAUUCUCAAUGGACACAAGUGUCUUCCUGCCAGAGGUGGCAAGAUUCCAAAGAGGCUCAAAAGAAGCUGUAACUAUAAGACCAUUGUUAAAAAGCUCUUGGCUAAACUUAAACGUGCUGGGGGUAAAAAAUCAGAUAACCUUCAAUCAGAGAAAAGAACAUUUAAAAGCAACUGCUUGAAAAAUUGUGAACAUCCUUCUGGUGAGCAGAACAUGGAAGAAACUCAGAGAACAUUUGUGAGUUCCCUUGGCAGACAUGGAUCAUGUAAGGCAUCUAGCAAAAAGAAGAAAACACUAACUUUGCCAUUUUCUUGGCAAAAGCAAUUCCAGAGCCAAAAUAUGGGUAAAAGUUUGCAAGGUAUCUUUACAACAGGAAGCAUAUUAACUAUGGAUGGUUCAGCGAAUAAGAAAGACUUGUCAAUCUGUGGUUCACCAGGUGAGGGAUACUUUAAUGACUGUGACAUGCUUCAGUGUGGCUUUUCAGAUUCCAGUGAAAAUGCACAUACUGGACAUAAAAUGUGCCCCUGUGACAAAUGUGAGAAAGUGUUUCCUUCUAUCUCUAAACUACAAAGACACUAUUUAAUUCAUACUGGACAGAGGCCUUUUGGCUGUAAUGUGUGUGGGAAAUCUUUCAGACAGUCAGCUCACUUAAAAAGACAUAAACUAACUCAUAUUGAAAAGAUUCCCUAUAGUUCUUUUUGGCAAGUGGACUUUGGAAAUGUGAACAAACUUUUCAUUCGUCCAAGUGAUGAUGUUAGCUAUAAUGCUUCCCAACAGUGUGACGGGCUUAGUUUCCAAAAGUAUGACGGCUCAGAGUCCAAUCAGGUAUCGGGAAUUGAAGUCAAGGCAGAACCAGAGGAUUUCCUUAUCAGUACCCACUGUAGGAACAGGCAGUCUUACCUCACUAACACACUUUUGGAGUCAGAGCAGAGCCAUCACUGUUACAGUUACUUAGGCCGUCCUGAAAGAAGUGAUGGGCUCCUUUACCAGUGCAGUGUUUGUUGUAAAAAUUUCCGAUCUCCAUCCAAACUAGAAAGACACUAUUUAAUUCACGCAGGGCAGAAACCUUUUGAGUGUUCAGUCUGUGGCAAAACAUUCAGACAAGCACCUCACUGGAAGAGACAUCAGCUCACUCACUUUAAAGAGCGACCACAAGAGAAAGUUGUUCUAGAUUCAGUUGUGUAACACAAAACUACUAAUGCAUUUGUGAUCUCUGGUGAUGUAAUACAUUUUGAGACAUUUUGCCAGAGGUCUACAUUAGGUAGAGUGACAUAGACAGCUGCUUGUCUUGCAUAAUCAGGAGUAAGUUAAAUAAAACCACAGUGUUUCAGAAACAACCCAAUGACUUGAGAAGAAAUAGAGUGGUUUGCCGUAACUAGAUAACUGAAGUUACCAGCAUUCAAACUUGGUUGUAUUAAAAGUUACAAAUCUAUCAUAUUCAAUUUGGCCUUAUUUCUUGAAUUAUUCCUUAAGACAUAGUGUGUCUCAUAUAUAUAUAUAUCCCAAGAUGAGGCCAGAAUUGCCAAUCAGCUAUAGUAAAUCACCUGCCUUUUAUUUUACAUGGACACUUAGUUCUAUUGCAAAACAUUUUUCUUACAAGUUAAAAGAUAAAAUGACAAUGGAAAUGGGUGGGGGAAAUUGCAGCUUUAAUUUUUCAUAGUGAGUUUUUGAGACUGUGUGGUAAUUUUUGCCUUCUUAGACAGAAGUGCCCCCUCCCCAUUUAGGCUGCUGUUAUUUUUCUGUAAGGAAUUUAAAAGUAAGAAGCAAGUGGGUUACACCCAUGUGUAUUUACCAUCCAAUACCAUUUAUGCUAACAAGGGUAUUUCCCAAGUGCCAUGAGCUUUUCCCAUAUGUCUGCAGUUGUAUCUUUCUAGGCACUUAAAUGCAGUGCACUUCUUUGCUCAUUAGUGUUUGACAGCAGUGGCCAGGAACAAAACUUUGCUUGAAUACUUCUUUGAGUGGCCCCAUGACAACUAAGUCUGUUCUGUUAAAUUUGAUCAAAUGACAAUAGCUAUGUAGUUUGAGUUUCAUUCCUCUUGAAAGACACUAAUACUAUAGUAUUAUUUUGAUCUUUGUUGUUCUUUCAGUUAGUAAGGAUAUUACCCCUGUAUAGGAAUAAGACGCUGAUAGAGUUCAGGACAUCAUUUUUUCCGAAGAGUUACUGCCAUGAUUUGACAAAAAUACUUCAUUUAACCCUAAUCCGUGAGAGAAGUAUCUUAGUCACAGAUAUUCCUUCACAUUGGUGGCAGUUUGUUAAAUCAUUGACUAACAUCUAAAGCAAUGCAAAGAUUAACUAUACUGCUUCUAAGGUGAAAGGAAAUAGGCUGGUGUUUAGCACACUUAAAUAUAGUGAAAAGCCUGCUCUUGGAAGUGUGGGCAGUGGAAUAAGUGUAAGUUUCGAUCAUGGUGCAAGAGCUGUACUUUGUGAGGGGAGGGAAAGGGAAAAGCUUUAAGCCAAUCGAACCUUAAGAAACUUGGGUUUAAAUUGAGGAGGUGAAAUGUGAUGGUCUGAGUAAAUAAAUACCCAGAUGAAAUACAGAUGUGCCUAUUUUUAAGUAGAGAUGUUCAUCUAACAAGGAGAGCCACAUGCUUCAAGGAAUAGCUCCUCUGCUGUUUCUUUGAGAUUUGAUGUGUGUUUUUUCCGGCACACGAAAGCUGUGGUUCACAGAAUUGGCUUUGCACAGAACUCUGGAAGGACAUGUCUGUUGGAAAAAGUCAAAGCAUAAGUAGUUCAUGUUUUCUAAGAGUAAACAGUCAAGAAUUACUUAAUGUGUGAAAUUAUGGAUUUGGGCAUUUCCCUAAGUUAUUUAUAUAAUUUUAUUUGAAGGGGAAUGCUUUACAUGUUUCUUUCCCACCCAAACAGGGAGAGUUGAAUGUUGUGCUCGUAUGACUAUUAAUCUUUGCCUGAGUAAUAAUAAGGUACCUUUUUUGUUUUGUUUUGGAUUUUUUUUUUUGGCUCAUGCCUUUUAAAGCUGUUUCAUAUUGAAAGUUGGAAUAUUGUAAAAAUUUUGUCAAGAGAUGUACUGUAGUGCUAUUUGAAGUACCUGUAACAAAAUACUUACCUUACUAUCAUUGCAAGCUUCUAAUGGGAACUGUAGAAGUGAAAAUAAAGUGUGAAUUUAUGUUCAGAUAAACAUGUUAAAUGAUUUGUUGCAUGCUAGAACUGUACUUAUUGUUGACUCAAUUAUUUUGAUUUUCUGGAAAAAAUAAACUUUAUAAAUAUCUUUUAAGAGAA